AAAACGGUGCGCGCGGUGCUGUCGGGACACAAGCCAUCGGCAGUGACUAUUUUGAACAGCAUGCAUCCAUUUUUUCCGCUGUAAAGUGUMGACAUGAAGUGUUUGAAGUUGGACGAAUACAUUAAGCGGGUCGCUUCUGUAGAAGAGACGGGACUAUUAUAUGAAGACUUGAAGAGUUAUGUCAAAAGUAAACCUGGACUCCAAAUCCGCACAUUGUGUGACAGGAUUAUCAGAGCCUGUAACCAUCAGCUUGGAGCUGGAUCCUGUCCUCAUGAUCACAUUAGUGCUUUAGUCAAGCUGAUUGAGCUUUCUSUUCGUGGCUAUGAUCUUUCCACAGACCUUGUGGCUCAGAGCAGUCCAUUAUACAUGGAAAAGAUACUUUUCCACAUCGUCAAGAAGCUAAGCACCCUAGAUGUUCACACUCUUUGCAGCCAUGUUGCUGUGUUGCUUUACAGCAGGCUUUCAACAGUGCAGCAGGCUCAAGAGGAUUACUUUGUUCUUGUACGGAGCAGCUUCGUUGUGCUUUGGAGUGGACUGUCUUCUACCAAAGACAAAAAAAUACUGAAUCCUCGGGACAAACUGCACUACCAGAUACAGGCWUUGAGCUUCCUCUUGUUAUUGGACACAGAAACUGCAGGUCCCAAUUUUUCUAAAGCUCUAAUAUGUACAGAGGAUGCCAUCACUGAAUUUGAAAAUGGUUGUGGGACAAUGACAAAGGAGGAUGCUUCUUUUCUUCUCCAGGAAUUACAAACUCACUUUAAAAUGUGUUUUUCUAGUGAGCAAAACCGCAAAGGGAUGAGCUUCAAGCAGCAUCUGGAAACCUCAGGCUUUUCUGUGUUUUUGGAAAUGGUGCUGCUUGCCGUGAAGGCCGUUUGUAAGGCUGGUCUUUACAGUUUAGCCCUCACCUUCUUGAAUGGAAUGGAGAACAAGAUCCUGGACUGUGGUGGUUCUCAGUGUAUACCGCUGGUGCUAGGCAAAUGGGGAGUGAAAAUCCACGCAGCAUUAAAGGCUGACAAAGAGACUGGUCCGGCUUUGACAGAAUGUGCUCGGACUUUGAGGUUCAUCUCAGCUGAUUUGGGUUACAGGGAAGCUCACUCAGUUCUUGAAGGCUGUAGUUUAGUGCUGUGGGCUGUUGAAAAUGGACACACAAAGGGAGUGAGUGGACUAGAACUCCUGGCUCUGUUUUCGUUUCUWGAGGAGUAUCAAGAAUGGACAAUAAAAAUGCAGAACAAGAAUUCAGCAUCCCAGACUGAGUGCAGUUGGCUGCAGCAGACCCUUUGCCAUUGUAUUUACCAAGGUUUUGUAUUUGCUUAUGAAAGCAUGCUUGCAUCACARCUGGAGAACAGUGAGACGAUGGACAGAGUUCUGCUCUACUGCCAGGCCACAACUGGGUUGUUGAUGUCAGAACUUCACAAGUCAUCUAAUGAAAGUUUGCUCAACAAAUCAGCGAUUGCGUUGAGCAACUUAACUUGCGCCCUGUACAACCGACGCCUGUAUGAGCAGGGCUUCAGACUGAUUGAAAUCUUCUGCUUGGAUCUAUGCAAGAAUCGUCCCGUCUCGCUGUCUAUUGAUAGAUUGAGUCGACCGCUCAUGCUGGCUGUGCAGACUUUAAGACGAGCUGGCCGGUUGGAACUAGCCCUGGAGUGGGUGAUCCGGUGGCUGAAAGUCCUUGGGGACCAGAUCACAACUCAAAUGGCUGAACCAGUCUUGCUUUGGGUGAAAAUAAAGAGCGAUGCUGCCAGUAAUGAUAAUGAGGACAUAAGACUCAGGACGCUACGGGAUGGUUUUGGCUCUGAAGUCCCUGAGGAGAGAGUAAUGCUUUGCCUUUUGGAGGAAGAGCUGCGUGCCUAUAAGGAGUUACCGAGAGACACUGCUCAAGAGCGCUACAACACCCUCUGUGACUUGUUGGACAUCUGCCACGAGGAGAGUUCAUACACUCAUCUGCGUGCCGUCUUCCUCUGUGAAAUGGCCCAAGUGGUGUGUUUCCAGGACUUCAGUGAUCAAACUGACUGCAUGGCAAAAGAUUUCACCUAUGAAGCUUUGCGGCUUCUUGAAGAAGAACCAGAAACAUCAGAGAACGCUGACAAACUAAAGGAUGACAAAGCACAUGCUUUACUCUGGCUUUAUAUCUGCACUCUGGAGGAAAAUCUCCAAAAGGCCAUUGAGAACGACAGAAAACAAAAAGAGUUGUGUGAGAACACGCAGUCUGUGAAUAAUCUUGUAGGCAACAAUGAUUUUGAUUAUGAAGACAAACAGAAGAUGCAGGACAACAGUCUGGUUUAUGACGGCCUUCAAUUUAACCUGGCUGCAGAAAACCAGUUGUGUCAGCCUUUGGAAAAGGCUCUGAAUGAAUGGGCUGCUCUCUUUAAGAAUCAAGCCCUGCCUGCUGUUAGAAACGCUAAACAAACCUGCAACUCCAUUUCUGUGGCUGCGGCUCUCUUCAGACUUAUUGGAAAGCCUUUAAAGGCUUUGGAAGCUUACCAACUUGGGAUCUGCUUUUCACGUGAACUUGCUGAUGUUCGGAGCUGUGCUAGCUCUCUCUGUCAGACCGCCAGCAUCCUCCUUGAUUUGGGCACCCCUGAACUGGCUCUGGCUCAGUUGGAGGAAGCAGAAAAACUCCUGUCACUGGACACCACAGAUGAUGAACCUUCAGCUCUCUCCAUGCUGGUCGUCUUAUUGAAGGCUCAGUGCUCCUACAGCGUAGGACAGGUUAGCUCUGGAGUGCCUUAUCUCUGUGAGGUGCUUAAAAAAGUAAGGGAGCAGAAACCAUCAAAGAGCUGGUACCUGCUGCAGGCUCGUGCUCUUCAGGUCUGCAGCUCCUAUUUGACUUUGGACUCUGCUCAGUUGCCACAAGCCCAGCGAAGCCUUAUCACGCAACAUGGUUUAAAUACUCCAGAUUCUGCCCUUUAUGAGAGUUUGAAGCUUCUCUGCAGCUUGCUGGUCACUUUAGUGGGAAAGGGCCUUUAUGGGAAUCAUAACGGCAGCUCAGAUAUGCACUUUGUACACCAGGGAGACAGCCUGGUGCUGAAGUGGCAGCUGCUCUUAGAGCUGCUGAAUUGCUCCAUAAAGAUGGCGGCGGUGCGGAGCAGUUGCGGCGCGGUCAGAGAUGCCAGGCUUCAGUGUCUAGAAGCCCUGAAACUGGCCGUCAAACUCAAGGCACUUAGCCAAUGUGCAGAGCUGCUGGUGAUAAAAGCAGAACUGGAGCUGAUGCAAGAGGAGAGAGAUGACAGUAGUUAUGACCUGGACACAGUCAGAAAUCUUCUGGAGAACUGUACAGAUUUUUCCCAUCAGGUUGAGAGGGCAGAUCUGAAAAUCAAACCAAGAAAAGGUCGUCCGGCUCAGAGAGCUCACUCUGCUCUUCCUGCCAUGGAAGAUGAACUAAAGGACCUUCUCAGCACCAGAUGGAUGGCUAAAGAACCUGUAAUGAAGGCUGUGUCCAGCUCCCCGCCACUCAAAGCUCUGCCUCUCCGCUUGCUGUCCUCCCUGACCCACGAACCCGACUGUCCGUUUCCCUGCUGCUCUGAGCCCUGCUUGGCUCGUGUCACUGCCCGCUGGGCGGCUACACAGGCUGAUCUGGUUCUUCAUCUGGAUCCCUGCGAUCUCGAUGUUGGUUCCAAACUUUACCGGGCGGCUUUAUUACGCUGCAAAAGUGUUACCGGGAAACUCGAAGGAAAAUUGUCUGAGCUCUUCCCGCCUUGUGACCCUGGCAGAGCGCUCUCUAAACCCUCUCUGAUGCAGGAUGUGGCAGGCCGUGUGUACCUGAGCAUGGCUUUGACUGGGCUGCAAGCAAAGCCGAACAAGUCCAGCGGCAUCUGGAAAAUACUUGAAGCUGGCUUAGCUUUUGUAGAUUCCACCUCCUCUCCUGUCUUAAGGCCUGUAAGAGCAGGCCUCAUGGCGACCAAAGCCAUUGCUUCUCUGAUUAGUUUGGCAGGCAAACACAGCUGCAGUCCAGAGGAGCUCUACUCAAACGCUUGGACUUGGAACGCACAAAAAGAAUGUAAAGACAAGAAAUCAGUCCCCACGUUCACAUGUAAAAAGACUAAAGGUUUGAGCAAAAACUCUGACAUUCUUGUCCAGAAAAAGGAGACGAAGAAAGUCAAGCCUGUCAUACCUAAAAUUCAUGUAAUAAGUGCCUCCUCCAAAGAAAAGGGUCUGGUUCCCGUGACGCCAGUAACGACAAAGACCAAAUCAUUUUUUGGAGAGCAUGACUCGUAUAACUUCAACACCGUCGUCCCUACUCUGGCUUUCACUCCUGUUCAGAAGGUGAAGUGCCCUGCUUCGGCACAGAAAGCAUCCAGGGCUGCCUCCAAGCUUCAGUUUCACGUGUAUGAAGAGGUGUCGCCAGGUCGAGACAAAAUCCCAGCUAUGCCUGCAGCCCCUAAACGGACAAAAAAAUCAUGCUUCAAGGUGGAAUUCAGUGAUGAAAGUGACUCGGAGGCUUCAUCCAAAGCAGAGCUCAAAGGAAAAGCAGAUGCACCUAAAAAGCAAACCUCUCGGAGAGUGGGCCAAAACGUGAAAACGGGCCCACCUUCAGCGAAGGUCCCGGUCAAGAGACAACCCAAAGGGAAGAGGAACACCUCGGUUUCUUGUGUUACCUCUUCUGAGGACGACGAGGCUCUGAUCUUUCCACCUGCCUCCACUCGAAGACUAAGAACCAGAAAACCUCGGUCCAAGUCCGAGGAACCACUGGAGGAGCCCGACACAAUGAGGACCAUUGUGGAGGAGACUGAUGAGGUCCUAAACAUAAGCAUUGAGCAGCUGAGGAUGUCGGACACUGAAGCUGAAGAGAAUCAGGCUUUAAGUAAAGACGUCGACCUUGAGGUGCUUAGGCGGGAUAUCUGCUGUGAUUURGAGAGAGACAAGCUGUUUGAAAUGAAGCGCAAAGGUCCUCAAACAGAAGAUCUACAAACUCACUUUUCUCAUUCAAACAACAAGACAGACGAUCUGUCUCUGGAGGAUGUUGAGUCUCUGCUCCGUUCAGCCUUGCUGGCUCUUCAGCACUUCCCCUGUUCCACCAUCUAUCCCACCCUCUGUGCUCUUCUCACCCUGACGACGGGGCAUCGUGACCCCAUGAGCACGGCGAUGUUUCACGCAGAGUCUUUGGGAGUCGCGAGUCGUCAUCGCACAAUCCGGCAUUUAAACAGUAACCUCCAAAAGCUGAAAAAGGCAUCCAGUGAUGUAACCGACAAAAUGAAUGAUCUGAGUCUGAAUGAGCUCAAUGGGACAGAGACCACUACGUGUGCUGAACAGAGAUUGUCUCAGAUGGUGGACAUCUUUUCCUUCUCCACUGCAGACCCUUCCUCUUUCCCCCAGAUUCAGUUCCAAGAGUUUAACCAACAAAUUCAACAUCUUCCUCCAGGAGUGACCGUGUGUUUGAUGUCUGUGCUUGGAGUAAAGCCGGGAGAAAAGGGCGAAAGUAUUCUUCUGUCACGUCUUGAAAAGGAUUCUUCUCCCGUCACUGUUCACAUCUCCACCUCUAGACAGCGGCACAACAUCAGAAAUUUGUUGCAGGAGAUGGAAAACAUUCUGGCAGAACAAAAAGUAGUGAGCUGCGUGGCUGAGAAGGAGAAGUGGUGGGACGGUCGGCGAGCUCUUGACAGUCGAGUUGAGCAACUGUUGAAAGAAAUGGAAGAGCUACUCGGCUGCUGGAAGAGCCUCCUCCUACCACUUUCAGCAGAUCCUGAGCUGUCCAUGCAGGUCCAGAACCUUUGCAAGGCCUUGUCUUCAAAAGGAGUGACGGUGAAUGAGCAGAUGCUGAAGGUUGUACUUUCUGCRUCUCAUCUGCUGAACGAUGACGAUCUCAGGAGAUUUGCUCUUGGGCUUUCUCCUCARUGGCACUCUGAGUGCGAUCAGCUUCUGCAUUCAGCCAUGUUCAACCUCUCUGAGAAAAAUGAGAAUCGGAGUCACGUGGUUCUCAUUCUAGACAAGUUCCUUCAAAAGCUGCCAUGGGAGAGCAUGUCUGUCCUGAAGUCGUGCUCCGUCAGUCGAAUGCCUUCAUUACAUUCCCUGCUCGGUCUCAGCUUUCAGAAAGAGAGGGACUCUCAGUCCAUCCUGAGGCAGGGAGUGAACACAAGCAAGGUGUUCUACCUGCUGGAUCCCGACCGCAACUUGAACAAUACUCAGAUUCAGUUUAAAGAGUGGUUUAGUAGUGAACCGGACUGGCAGGGUGUGUGUGGCGUUGCUCCUGAACCGAGUCAGCUAGAAGAGGCUGUUGCAACCAAGGACUUGUACAUUUAUUUAGGACAUGGAGCCGGUGCCAGAUUCCUGACCGGCCAUUCGGUCCUCAAACAGCCGGUGAGAGCAGCUUCACUGCUCUUCGGCUGCAGCAGCGCGGCGCUGGCUGUGCGAGGCAAUCAGGAUGGACAGGGCAUCGUUCUCAACUACCUCAUCGCUGGCUGCCCCUUCAUUUUGGGCAACCUGUGGGAUGUAACGGAUCGGGAUUGUGAUCGCUUCACAAAAGCUCUGCUUAAGUCGUGGUUAUCAGCUGGGUCUGGAUCUGCUCUCCUGGACCACAUGCCUUCAUCACGUCAGGCCCCAAACCUUAAAUACCUGAUGGGGGCUGCACCCAUCGUCUACGGCCUCCCAAUUUAUCUGCAAUAAGCUGCACCGACACAAACGUUCUUCACUUUGAUGCACAGCAGCGUCGAGCUUAACUUGGAAAAGUUGUUGAAUAUUUUUUCUCUUUAUUUAAAAAUUUCUUUUUAAGUUUUUACUAGUUUAAUUCAAAACCUAUGUAUGAUUGUUUAUUUAUAAGGUGUUUUUGCUUCUAGCUUUGAACAAAUUGCUUUUCACAUGCAGUGUUUUCCAUGCAUAAGCUUCAAUCUGCAGUAAAAUGUUUCACCUUAUCUGUAAGUUUGUGCACUGGUGAGGUUCAGGUUUGACCCGUUUUUAUUGAUGCCAAAACUGUCAGGUUGAAAACUUGCCGAGUUAAACUGGAUUAAUAUUGGAUGUUUUGUGUAUUUUAACAAUAAAUGUAAGGUUCACCCCCACCUCUUCUCACAUGUAUUGAGCUUUAGAAACAUUUCAUAAAGASCUAGAAUGUAUAAAAUUACCAAUUCUCACAAUUUUUUUAAAAAUAAUUUUCAUUUUGCCUUUCACAUGCUAUUAGUUGUUUUUUUUAACACAUUGAUUUUAUUAAUUAAUAAAAACAUGCAUUUUAAAUUUGUGUUCAUUCUUUUCAGUUUUUGCAUUAAGUUUGUAUUUUUCCCCACGUGAGUAAUAUGGAUUUUGUUUAAAACCAGAUUGGAUAAAUGUUUGAAGAUCCAGUGUGAUGUUCAUUUUUUUGGUAAUAAUUUGUUGCCCUAAAAGCAAAAAUUUCAUAACUUGUUCACAGUGUAAGUACAUUUUGACUAAACCUGAAAAGUAUGACACCAAGUAGGUUUAGGCUAAAAAUCUACUACUACUACCCAAUUACUCCUGGAUUAUUAUUAUUUUGGUUUUUGGUUUGUGUGCAAUUAUUCUAGUUUUUCCCUACAUAAACUGAUCAUUUAACUUCAGCAAAA